AUGGAAUCUACGCGAGAGGAGCGGUUGCAGAUGCGACAGCGCGGAGCUGGAACGCGCCAAAUCAAAGCAGUCGAUUUCGGAUUCUCCUUUGGAGCUCCGGCAUCUGAUUCUGCAGCUUCUGCCCCUAUUCCGCUAUUCCCUGAACCCAAUGAAUCGUCGCAAACGCAGCCCGCGUCCGCGCCCGCGGCGAAGGCUACAACACCGCCGCCACUGAAGGUCUCCUCACAACCCGUAUCACAGACGAUAGGCCAGCCCCAGCGCACGCCGGGAAGUGCGCGCAAUAGACUUCCUCAACGCCUCUCGACAUAUGAUAUACCCAUCGACGACAGGCCGGAAGGACAGCGAAGCAACAAAAGGAGAAGAAUAACCUCCCCUGAGCCAACAGAGACAGAGACCCCUUCGAAGACGAGUGUACGAGUCAAUAACCCAAACCCAAGUCAAAAUGGAGGCUCCGUGGUCACAGAAGCAGCAGUGAGCCACAACGCAGAUGUUUCCAUGGCAGAUGCACCGCAGCAAGAAACGCCAAUGGCUCCAGCUCUACCGGAAGACCCUGCGAAUAAUACAGCAGAGCCAGAUAAUGGCGCAGAGAUCACGAACCCAGACUCUACGGUACAGGCUGUUUCUGAAGAACAAACACAAAGCAUAACCCAGAGUCCAAGCCUUGUCUCAACAACAGAUACUAGUAAAGAGAAACGUCCUCGAAAAUCUCGAUCACCACCGCCUAAUGAUUCAGGAAGGGAGAUCCAUCAUACUGUCGAUCCUAUCGACUCAUCAGGCAAGAAGCAGCGAACGCGUCGAUCACCGCCACAAAUUGAAAAGUCUCCAGUAGAGGAGAGAGCAGAACAACAGACAGUUGAGCCUUCAAAACCCACGUCGCUGCCUUCGCAGGGGGUUCGUCAACUGAAGACAAGAAUUCCUCGAGCUAAACCUACCUCGACUGAUACCUCCAACACCGAUCAACCAGAGAAAACAGCCGUUGCCCAGUCAGGACCAAGUAACCAAGAAUCGGAAAAUGUCGCUGUGAGUGUGACCGAAAAUGCAGACAACAAUUUAAUCCAAGCUCAAAAAUCGUCCGAGACGACAAAGAAGACUCGAGGACGCAAAGGUCGUCCAGGAAAUUCUGAUCGCGCGCCAGUUCCGGAAACUGAAACUGAAACACAGCCUCAACUUGACGUUAGUCAAACAAAGGCUUCCUCGAACGGUAAACGCUCUCGUAACAAGCCAUGGCUUUCUACAAAAGAGCUAGAGGAAAAGUCACAAACGGAAUCAGGAACAGAAUCUGAACCAUCAAAGUCAAGACGUGGAAAGCCUUCGCUUUCUGCAAAGAAGAACGAUAUGAAGAGACAAGCAGAACUCGAGACAGAGGUCGAACCAGAGGCGGGUCCAUCAACGUCUCGGCGAGGAAGAUCCGCAACGAAUAAGUCAGCGGCUGAUCCAGAGCCAACAGAUCCAGAAGUGGAGACUAUGAGUGAGCCUCAAGUCGAGCCAGAACAAGAGCUUGUUGAGUCCGAACAACCAAGAUCACGUCGGGGGCGAGUUGGGAAGAAGGCCAAGUUGGUAACAGAGCCUGAACCACCAACUCCAGAGCAACAACUCGACAUCGAAAGUGAGCCUCGGGUCGAUCCAGAACAUGAGGAUGAACCCGAACAAUCAGAAUCGCGAUCAAAAUCGCGUCGGGGGCGACCUGGCAAGAAGGCCAAGUUGGCAUCAGAGCCUGAACCACCAACUUCAGAGCAGCAACUCGAAAUCGAAAGUGAGCCUCGGGUCGAUCCAGAACAUGAGGAUGAACCCGAACAAUCAGAAUCGCGAUCAAAAUCGCGUCGGGGGCGACUUGGCAAGAAGACCAAGCUGGCAGCGGAACCGGAGUCAAUUAAUCCAGAGGAACAAGUCCGUACAGAGACUGAGCCUAGACCCGAGCCAGAACAGGAAGUUGAAUCUGCAACAUCCAAUGCACGCCGGAAAAGGCCCAAGAAGGGGAGGAUGGAAGCAGACUCCGAAUCUACACAUAGAGAGGAGGCAGGUACGGAGACCGUUCAAGAACGUCGGAAACCGAAAGAGCCUCGUGGCGAAACGGUUCCUGUUACUGUGCAUCGCCUAUUUAAUCCUUCAGCUCUUGGUGCAAUGUACGCGUCAUCCGGUUCUGGCGACGAGGACGAAGACUCUGCCGAUGAGCUUUCAGCCCGUCAAAAAACCAAGCUGCCCAAUCGCGGUGGGGUUAACCAUGCCGAUGUCUUGAGCCAGAUUUGCCGUGAAACUCUGGAGAAGACGCUCGCCGCGCUCAACAAUGGAAUCGAGAACGAGACAAACACACAACGGCGAGCGGAAUGGACACGGAAGCGAAAGUCCGUACAAGUCUUCGGUUCUGAGCUUGAUGGACGCUUGUUGGACCUAAGCGAGAUGCUUGAUAGCAAUUUUGUGCUUGGUGUGCAGCUCAAGAAGACCAAGCGUGAGAUGAUGGAUAUGCGGGCCCAUCUAUAUAAAGUGCGACGGGAACGAGAGAGCAUUGCUCUACAGAUGGAUGCGGUGCGUGCCAAGCACAUGGAAGAGGAGAAGGCGAAAACCUCUCGCACCACCAUCAACAAUUCCCUACACAGCCUUGAUCUUGCAUUGGAUCGCCAACAUCGGGCACCACCAGCCACCGAUCCUUCUCCAGCAGAUCUGGAAUUUAUGCUUCGCACUGUGGCUGAGGAUGUGAGUUGUCGAGCACCAGGAGCACAGGGUGGAUUGCUUGACCAGAUCCGCGCAUUUAAUGCGCAACUGGAGGCUACAGCUCGCCGUUUGGAACGGCAGUGA